GUCGGCCGUCAUCUUUCUUUCCUCUUGACAUUUUGUUCAAGAAGAACGUAUACCACUUCGGCUUAACACGUUUCGUGUCUUUACGACUUAAAAAAUGCGUUACGUGGCCGCGUAUCUACUCGCUGAGCUGGGCGGCAAGGCCAACCCGGCCGCGUCGGACCUGGAGAAGAUCCUGAGCUCCGUCGGCAUCGAGGCUGACGCUGAGAAGCUGAAGAAGGUCAUCGCUGAGCUGGCUGGCAAGAGCAUCGAGGAGCUGAUCGCUGCUGGCCGCGAGAAGCUGUCUUCGAUGCCGUCGGGCGCCGCCGCGCCGGCCGCCGCCGCCGCCGCGCCCGCCGCCGCCGCAGCAGAGAAGAAGGAAGAGAAGGAGACCAAGAAGGAGGAGUCCGAGUCUGAAGAUGAGGACAUGGGCUUCGGUCUCUUUGACUAAAUGCAUUUUGCAGAUGCGGCACGCGGUCGUUAUUCCAAGUAUGGUGUAAGCGUAACUUGACUGCGAGUAUGUUUCUAUGAAAUAUAUCUUGCAAA